AUGCAAGGGUUCCGCUACCAGCCAGAGAUACUGCAGGGUGUGCCCGAGCAGCUCACCCAACCUCUGAAGCAAUAUGAGGAUUGGUUCACAGUGGAUGGCGACAAAUUGAAGGAGAUCACCGCACAUUUUGUCGAUGAGCUAGCGAAGGGUCUUUCCAUCGAGGGCGGAUCUAUUGUCAGUACCAUGUGGACUGGAACGGUGGGAAUACUUCUACUGCCCAACGGGCACGAGAAAGGACACAUUCUGACUGUCGACAUGGGAGGAACAAAUAUCCAGCGGAAAUACAAGCUUCCGGAUGAAGCCAAGACCUGCACAAAGGAAACGUUGUGGGACUUCAUUGCCGAGAAAUUGGCAUCGUUUCUCGAGGAUCAUCAUGCCAGCAGCGGGCCAUCAAAGCCACUUCCAAUGGCGUUUACCUUUUCAUUCCCGGUGGACCAAAGGUCUAUCCGGAGUGGCAUUCUGCAGCGCUGGACCAAGAACUUCAACGUGCGUGGAGUGGAGGCCAAUGAUGUAGUGCCGCAGCUAGAGGCUGCAUUAAAAAGAAAGAACGUUCCAUUGAAAGUUCUUGCCCUGAUCAACGACACAACGGGUACACUCGUUGCAUCACAUUAUCGGGAUCCGCAGGUAAAGAUCGGCAGCAUCUUCAGCACGGGCUGCAACGCAGCAUACAUGGAAGAAUGCCGCUUCAUCCCCAAACUCCGUGACUCAGGUCUGCCGGAAGACGCAAGUGUAAUCAUCAACACCGAGUAUGGCGCAUUUGACAACGAGCGCCAAGUGCUCCCAUUGACAACAUUUGACCACCAAUUAGACAAGCACUCCGUUCGACCUGGUACACAGAUCUAUGAGAAGAUGGUCGCGGGGCUGUACAUAGGAGAGAUGUUGCGCCUGAUCCUGCUAACCUUGCACGAAGAAGGUAGACUGUUCAAAGGCCAAGAUAUGACGCGCCUCCGAACCGAGAACGCACUGGAAGCCUCCUUUCUGUCCAUCGCCGAAAUGGACAUCGCCGAGGAGCUGAUCGAUCUGAAAAAGGAAUUUCAUGUGAACCUCAAGUUGCAACCGACGCUGGGAGAGUUGAAGAGUUGUCGUUAUCUUAUCGGGCUCGUCGCGACGCGCGUCUCUACGCCUGCGGCAUCGCGGCCAUCUGCAAGAAGAAGAAUACCCGCCAGUGCCACCAUGUUCAAGGGUCGGGCUUCGCAGGCUCUUCGUGAGAUCCUGGAUUGGCCGCCGGGUGAGGUGGACUUGGUCACGUUCAACGCGGCGGAAGACGGGUCGGGCGUGGGAGCAGCUCUGGUUGCGAGUUUCACACUUGAACUCACCGCUUCCUUGUCCUCGUUAGGCAAGGUAUGCUGGAUGCGCCUGGAAUAUGAGGUGAUCCGCUUCACCAUCAUCCCCGACCAAGGCACGCAAGUGUGGGCAACAAUCCCAGUUGGAACAAUAUUCGACGACUCAACAUACGAGCUGGAAUCCAACUCCGACGCAAUCAACCUAGAAAUCAACGUCAGCGUACUCAACCGCGCCUUACGCUCAGCAUGGGGCGCAUCAACCUCCCAACUGCGCCUAACAAAGAAAGACAAAACUCCAAUCUUAGCACUAACUGUCCUCUCUUCCGAAUGGACAGAAGGAAACAUGGCCUUAACCGCAACCGAUGAAGCCGAAGGUGACCCAGAUCGACCACUCCAGACCCCAAGCGAAACGAUAGGCGAAAGAGGACCACGAGAACGACAAACAUACAUAACCCAAGAAAUCCCUAUCAAGAUCCUCCACGAAGUCGCAGUUGAAGGUCUCCACGAGCCACACUGCCCAGACCCAGAAGUCCACAUUAUCCUGCCAAACCUAUCCCACCUAAAAAGCAUCUCAGACCGCUUCACCAAAUUGGCCUCAUCAGAUUCCAAGAGCCACCAACCCGGCGUGAUGGCAGCAGACGCACCGGGGAUGCAUACAACCUCGUUCGGCGGCGAAAACGACAAAACCAGCGCGACGACAUUAUCAACGAACAACGCACCAAAACUAGAAUUAUCAGCUAAUAUGCACGGCUCGCUUCGGCUAGCCAUAGCCACGGAUGAGAUCCGUAUUGCGAGUGUCUGGUCUGAUCUUGUUAACCCUCCGCUGGCGGCUGGGCAGAUGACGCAGGAGGAGAUCUCUCAGCUUCCCAGUGAGCGGAAUCGGAUGCGGGAUGCUGAGGGGGAUGAGGAGGGGUGGGCUAAGGUGCGGAUUGAUGGGAGAGAUUGGAGUCGGGUGCUUAGUAUUGGGCGACUUAGUCCGAAGGUUGUUGCUUGUUUUAUCAAUGAGAUGGCUUUGGUGCUCUAUGUCUAUUUGCCAGGCAGCUGGAAUGGGGAGGAAUCUUGUUUAACGUAUUAUAUCAACUCUUUUACGACGUGA